AUGGCGGCCACUGCUCCGGAGUCACAAACCCGCCCCGCCCCGGGGCCGGCCCCGGACCCGGUCUCCUUCAUCCGCGUCCGCACCACCGUCCCGCGACGCCCGUUACCACCCAACGCGGUGCGCCAGCCCAUCUACACAGAGCGCCUGGUCCUGCGCACGUUGACCAUGGAUGACCUGCCCGACGUGCGCAUCCUUCGCACCCAACCCGAGGUCAUGCAUUGGACGGCGGCCGGUGUGCCGGACGGAGAUUUAGAGCAGACCCGCUCCAGGUUAAUGCCAUUCCUGCCGCCCGGCGACGGGGUGACGUACAACUUUGGCAUCUACGACCGCGCUACGGGCGAGUUUGUGGGCAUGGGGGGCAGCCACCAGUUCCGGUCCAGCCUGGGGUGGCCGGAAAUCGGGUAUAUGAUCAAGAAGGAGUACUGGGGGAAAGGGUUGGGGACGGAGUUGGUGAAGGGUUGGCUCGGCGCGUGGGAAGCGCUGGAGAGGGAGGAGGUUGAACUUGAGGUGGAUGCGAGGACGAUCGAUGAGGAAGAGAAAGCGGCUGUCGCUGCUAGCGGAGGGCUGGUUAGGGAGCGGCUCAUUGCAAUAACGGCAACGGGGAAUGACAAGAGUCAGGGUGUGUUGCAGAAAGCUGGGUUUGAAUGGUUUUUGACGUGGUUGGCUCUGGAUUCAGUAAAAGGGUCCGGACCCGAAAGCUUGAUCGAGCUGCCUUCGUUCAGGUACUUUACUCAAGGGAAGAAGAGCGAGUGA